ACGUUCAUAGAUUGGAUACUUCUCUCUCUUCACUUCUAUUCGUUUCCUUCUUAAUUCUUGUUUUCUACGAUACUUUAACUUUAGAUAUAUUUUUUCUUUUUUUCCUUUUUCUUGUUGUUGAUCUAAAUACUUGCAUAUAUAUAUAUAUAUAUAUAUAUUUUCCCAUUUUGAGAGCUCAGUUGCUGUUUUUGUGCUGCGGUAUGGGAAAUUGCUGCUCGGAUGAAGCCGGCGGCAGGGCGGCCGUUGGUGGCACCCUCGCUGCUUCCACUGGUGGCACUUCUAAUGAUGCCGUUGAUUUCUUCCUGAGGUCUCGCGGUUUUCACGGUAUCUUCUCUCAGAUCGAGUUAUCAUUUUCUGCAACAAACUUGCGUGACCGGGAUGUACUUUCCAAGAGUGAUCCUAUGGUGGUUGUUUAUACAAAAGGAAGAGAUGGACCGCCCAUUGAAGUUUUCCGCACAGAGGUGGUUCUCAAUUCACUGAACCCUACGUGGAUAAUGAAAUAUUCCAUCACUUUCCAGUUUGAAGUUGUACAGAAUUUGCUGUUUCGUGUAUAUGACAUUGACUCUCAAUUUCACAAUGUAGAAGUAAAGAUGCUCAAGCUAGAUGAGCAACAAUUUCUCGGUGAGGCAUCUUGCGUUUUGUCAGAGAUCGUGACCAAACCACUUAGAUCACUGACCUUAGAUCUUGUACAUAAAGAAGAUUCUACAUUAUCAAGUCAUCCCCGAGGUGGGCAGCUUGUUGUGCAUGCUGAGGAAUGCAUUAGCUCAAAGACUACAACAGAGAUGAUAUUAAGGUGUUCGGAUUUGGAACAUAAGGAUCUCUUCUCAAGAAUUAACCCUUUUCUGGUUAUUUCAAAAACAGUUGAGAAUGGGAACCCCAUUCCUGUGUGUAGAACUGAAGUCCUAAAGAAUGAUCACAACCCAAUAUGGAAACCAAUCUUUCUGAAUAUUCAACAAGUUGGAAGCAAGGAUAGUCCUCUGGUGAUAGAAUGUUAUAACUUCAAUAGUAAUGGAAAGCAUGAUCUGAUUGGAGAACUUCGAAAAUCCCUAGCAGAAUUAGAAAAGCUUCGUUCUAGUGGGGGAAGCGAAAAUUUAUUUUUACCCAAUGCUGUUGGACAUGAUCAUCACAACAAGGCUUUAAAGAGUCAGCUAUAUGUGGAGAGGUUUUCCGAGAGCAUUAAAUAUACCUUUUUGGAUUAUCUGAAAGGAGGAUGCGAACUGAACUUCAUGGUUGCUAUUGAUUUCACUGCUUCAAAUGGAAAUCCCCGCCUCCCUGAUUCCUUGCACUAUCUUGAUCCGUCAGCGCGGCCGAAUGCAUACCAGCAAGCAAUCAUGGAAGUUGGAGAAGUGUUGCAAUUCUACGAUUCAGACAAGCGCUUUCCUGCCUGGGGAUUUGGAGCACGGCCAAUUGAUGGUCCAGUCUCGCAUUGUUUUAACUUGAACGGAAGCAAUAAUCAUUGUGAGGUAGAAGGAAUUCAAGGAAUUAUGAUGGCAUACACCAGUGCUCUUUUCAAUGUAUCUUUAGCGGGUCCCACGCUUUUUGGACCUGUGAUAAACACUGCUGCUCUAAUUGCUAGCCAGUCACUUGCAAAUGGAGGGAAGAAAUAUUUUGUUUUGUUAAUUAUUACGGAUGGAGUUGUAACUGAUCUCCAAGAAACCAAAGAUGCCAUUGUGAAGGCAUCUGACCUACCACUAUCAAUUUUAAUUGUUGGAGUUGGAGGAGCUGACUUCAAAGAAAUGGAGAUUUUAGAUGCUGAUAAAGGAGAGAGACUUGAAAGUUCUGCUGGACGUGUUGCUUCACGUGAUAUAGUUCAGUUUAUACCAUUCCGGAAUGUACAGAGUGGCCAAGCUUCUGUUGUUCAAGCACUUCUAGCUGAACUACCUACUCAAUUUUUAACCUACAUGCGAUCCAGAGAUAUUCAACCGAAUGUUUGAUUUUGUAAAGAUGUUGUACAUAUGGGAAUUUUAGUUUUAAUUUUUUUUUUUUUUUCUGGAUUUCAUGCAAUGAGUUAUCCUUUGUGAAGGCCAUGGUGCCAAAUGCAAUCAUGGUGUUUGUAGGUAUAUGAGGCUUCAUUCAUAUUACUUGAGGUAAUAUAUGCAGUCACAAUCAAAAAUUUAUGGAAUCAACCAAACCUCGUAACAAAAUGGCUACUGUUAUCUGUGCCGUCCUUUGUCAUGUUUGCAAGGGGUGGAUGAUUUUUGUGCUGUUGCAAGCUUGAAAUGGUGGCUCUUCUUGAUGCCUGACAAAGCUUGCUCAUAUCAAUGAAUUCUUUCGGCCGUAGGAUUCAACUAUAGAAGAAUUACUGGACGGGUGCAUUGGGGCCGGCUAAAGAAGGAUUGUAGAAGGUAGGAUUAAGGGCCAUGCGUAUAUUGCAAAGCAGAAGAAAAAUGUGAAGAACAAAGUAAGAUCUGUGAUCACCAUAUCUUGUUGUUUUACUUGUUUGUAUUGAUGCCUUUUUGGCAAUUUAUCAUCCAAAUGUUUCAUGAUGUUUUAGGAUCUAAUUUGAAAUUCGUUGUUCUGUUUGAAAAUGAUUUAA